AAUAAAAAUCAUGGAAGGUAAAGAAACAGUUGAAUCAUGGAAUGAUAUUCAUUCCGGUGAGACGAUCGUUAUUUCUGGUAUUGCUGGCAGAUUUCCUCAUUCAGAUAACAUGAAUCAAUUACGAGAAAAUUUAUUCAAUAAAACUGAUCUUGUAAGAUCAGACCAUAAUCGAUGGAAAAUAGUUAUGGAGCAUGUAGAAUUCCCAAAGCGUAUGGGGACUAUCAAUAAUUUAAAAAAAUUUGAUACGGAAUUUUUUGGAUUAUCUUUUGACCAAGCACACAUACUCGUACCCGAAACGAGAAUGUUACUAGAACAUACUUAUGAAGCAAUUAUCGAUGCUGGAAUUAAUCCAAACCAAUUAAAAGGAAAAAAUACUGCUGUAAUUAUAGGAUCAUCUAUCAUUGAAUCACAAGUAACAAUAUUUGAAGAUAUUCAGUGUAACGGAAUGACUAUCAUUGGAACUCCUAAAUCUACAAUGGCUAAUAUGAUUUCACAUUACUUCGAUCUGAAAGGACCAUCUUACACCGUUGAUACAGCAUGCAGUUCCAGCAUUCAUGCUAUGGCCAUUGCUUAUGAUUGUAUCAUGUCGGGCAAAUGCGAAGACGCCAUAGUUGGAUCUGCACAAUUAUCUUUUUAUGCAAAUUUAAACCUGCAAUUCGCUCGACUUGGUGUUUUGUCACCCGAUGGUUAUUGUAGACCAUUUGAUAGUGCUGCUAACGGUUAUGCGCGUAGCGAAACAGUGGCAGUAGUAUACCUUCAAAAAGCGAAAAAUGCUAAAAGGAUUUAUGCCAUGUUUCCGUACAUUAAAUUAAACUGUGAUGGCUACAAACAAGAAGGAAUAACAUAUCCUUCAUCACAAAUGCAAUAUAACUUAUUAAAGGAAUUUUACGAAGAGUACAAAAUACCGCUGUCUUAUUUAGAUUAUGUCGAAGCACAUGGUACCGCUACCAUAGCUGGCGAUCCUCCAGAAAUUGACGCUAUCUAUAAUGUUAUGUGUAAAACUAGAGAUACUCCAUUAAUGAUCGGCUCCGUAAAAUCCAAUCUUGGUCACGCUGAAUCUGCGAGUGGGUUUGAUCAGAUUGCUAAGGUCAUAAUAGCAUUCGAAACUGGAUUCGUUCCACCAAAUAUCAAUUACACAUUACCAAGGAAAGAUAUAGAUGCUUUGAUUGAUGGUAGUAUUUGUGUGGUUCAAGAUCCAAUGCCACUUCAAAAUGGUUACGUAGCAAUCAAUAAUUUUGGUUUUGGAGGAUCCAAUGCUCACAUGUUACUAAAGUGGAAUGAUAAACAGAAACUGAAUAACGGAGCACCAAAUGAUGACUUACCUAGGCUUGUUGUAUUAUCUGGACGUACUGAAGAAUCAGUGAAACUGUUUUUAAAUGACAUUGCUAACCAUCCAAUAGAUGUAGAAUAUAUUGGCUUAUUACAUCAAAUCCAUGCAGACAAUAUAAAUAAUCAUCCAUGGAGAGGAUACAUUAUACUGAAUACCUCUCAAGAAGAUUUAAUACAGGAAAUAGAAAAUUAUGAGGGCGUGAAAAGGCCUGUAUGGUUUAUAUUUUCAGCCUUAGACUCUCAAUGGCCAGGAAUGGGUCGAAACUUAUUACAGUUUCACGUCUUCGCAAAAGCAAUAAGAAAAUGUGACAAUGUUUUAAAACCGUAUGGUAUAAGUGUCUUAGACAUUUUGACAAAAGACGAAGAAAACAUACGUAAAAAUGCGAUAAACGCUUUUCUUGGAAUCGUUGCUAUUCAGAUUGGUUUAGUAGAUCUCCUAAAUUCUUUAGAAAUUAUUCCGGAUUACAUGAUUAGUCAUUCCGGCGGUGAACUUGGUUGCGCGUACGCAGAUAAAUGCCUCACCAUUGAACAAACUAUUUUAUCAGCAUAUUUUAUCGGUACAAUAUGUGCCGAAAAAACAAUAAUUCAUAGUUCGAUGGCGAUUGUCAACAUAGACUACGAAUAUCUCAAAAAUAAAUGUCCAGCAGAUAUUGAAAUAGUGUGCCACAAUAGCGAGAAUAGCUGCGUCGUGUGUGGAUCAAAAGAAUCCAUAGAAGGAUUCAUGAAAGAAUUACAGGUCAACAAUAUUUACGUGAAGGAGAUCAACUGCAACAUACCGUUUCACAGUUCGUACGUCGCAUCCGCGGAAAGACAGCUUUUGCUUAGUUUGCAUAAAAUAAUACCACACCCCAAAAAACGAAGCUCAAAAUGGAUCAGCACCUCCAUACCUCGAAACGAAUGGUUUACAUCAUCAUCAAAGUUAUCAUCGGCGGUCUAUCAUUCUCGAAGUAUAUUAAACACAGUUUUAUUUCAUCAAACAACGGAUCUAAUUCCACGUAACGCUGUGGUUAUCGAAAUCGCACCAGACGAUGUUCUGCAGCACGUUUUAAGUGAAUCUUUACAUCCAAACGUGACAAACCUUGUGUUAACUAGAAGCACCACACAAAAUGUUGAUAUUUUUUUACAAGGAAUAGGGAAGCUUUAUAAUUGUGGUUUACAACCGCAAAUUGCCAAAUUAUACCAACCAGUACAAUUUCCAGUUAGCCGAGGAACUCCUAUGAUUUCUCCGUCAAUUAGAUGGGAUCAUUCUGAAAAUUGGUAUGUACUGAAGGAAAAACAAGACUUUAUAGAAUCCAAAGAAAGAUACGUCAAAAUUUCGCUCGACGACGAAUACUACAAAUAUAUGAGCGGCCAUGUAAUCGAUGGAAGAAAUUUGCUACCCGCCACAAGUUACUUGUGUCUCGUUUGGGAAACAAUUGGCAUGAUGAAAGGAUUGAUGUACACAACAAUACCGAUAGUUUUCUAUGAUGUAAAAUUUAUUCGUGCUACCCAUUUGUCGAAAAAUGAUGAUGUAGAACUACAUAUUUCAAUACAGACAGAUGGGAAGUUUGAAAUAACCGAAGGAAAUAGCGUCGUUGUCACGGGUACAGUGUACGAAACAUUGAAUCCAGAACAAGAAAUGAUUCCGAUAGAUCUAUUACCGGAGGAUAGUGAUGAAGAUGAAGUCAUGACUGUAAGAGAUAUAUAUAAGGAGUUGAAAUUGCGAGGAUAUCAGUACAAGGGCUUAUUCCGUGGACUAAAGAGUGCCUCUAUUUCGGGAACCCAAGGUCAUAUCGCAUGGAAAAAUUGGGAAACAUUUAUGGAUACUAUGUUACAGAUGCUAAUUAUCGGAUAUGACACUAGGGAUUUGUGUAUUCCAACGGGUAUUCAAAAAUUAGUGAUCAAUCCGGUGCUUCAUGCUUCGAAGCUGCGAGAUGUGAUAGAUAAUUCAGAAGUUACAACAAACAUGGAUAAAUUAUUACAGGUACGAAUAUACAAAGAGAUAAACACGAUAAAAGCUGGCGGAGUAGAAAUUCGUGGUCUUAUAGCUACUCAGAUCUCUCAUCGGAAAUCAGCUCAAGAUGCUGUUGUCGAGGAAAAUACGUUUGUAGCUCACUGUGAUCGCGCCAAGAUUUCUUUGAACGAAGCAAUUCGAAUAUCAGCUCAACUCGUACUGGAAGAUCAUCAAAUCAUCAAAGUGCAAGUCGCUGAAUUAGUGGCAGAUGUCGAUGAUGUUAAAUUAGAAUGUCUUUCAUCUUCAUUGCUUCUCGAGGCAUUUGGUGACAUGCCACUUAUACAAGCGAAUAUCGCACUAUUAACGUCACCAAAUCGUUUUAAGACAGAAGAGUUACCGCAAAAUUUCUCAAUUAAAGACUUUGAAAAAUUAUCUUUAGACGACAAAACCUUAAUUGUUGCUGGAUUCAACCUUUUGACCAAACAACGCGAAUCGUUAAAGAGACUGUUACCAUUUCUGAGAGAGAGUGGUUAUCUGUUGACGCGAGAAAAAUGCGACAUAACUGAUUAUAAAAAAUAUUUACAGCAAUACGAACUAAACGUUAUUCUCGAAAAACUAACCGAUACAGAACUAAUUUUGCUUCUGAAAAAAAAAGUAUUUAUAAAAGAAAGAAUAGUUGUUCACAUAAGUAACGAUAAUUUCAAUUGGCUGGAAAAUCUAAAGCCACUUGUGAGCGACGAGAACAAACUUAAUAGAAACACUAGAAUUAUAAUCGUUGGAGAGAAAAACUUCGAGUGCGGUUUAUUGGGUUUUGUUAACUGCUUGAGAAAAGAGCCGGGUGGACAACUUGUUAGGGGUGUGCUUGUUCAAGAUGAAGAAGCUCCCAAAUUUUCCCUUCAAGAUCCAUUUUAUUUAGAACAACUACAGAAAGACAUGACCAUUAAUGUCCUACGAUCGAAUAAAACUUGGGGAUCUUACAGACACAUAAAAUUGUCACCAAUGGAAGCGCAACUUGUACCAACAGCUCAUGUCUGUCAAACGGUUCGUGGUGAUUUAAGUACGUUUCGUUGGAUAGAGAAUAAUAUAGCAGGCAUAUCUCGCUGUGAGAAUUUGGUGCACGUGGUUAACUCAUCCCUGAAUUUUAAAGACGUAAUGCUCGUCACUGGUAAAAUAACAAUGCCAGAGACUAUUUCACAAGGACGUUUAUUUCAGUAUCUUCCUCUUGGAUUGGAGUACGUGGGUAUUGAUGCUUAUGAACAACGUGUAAUGGGUAUUCGUGAUACUGAUUGCAUAGCAAACGUUGUUGAAAAGGAUGAAUGUCUUUCUUGGAAAAUACCCGAUGAGUGGACAUUUGAAGAGGCAGUAACGGUCCCAUGCGUUUACACUACGAUUUAUUAUGCCUUAUAUUACUAUGGAAAAAUGAAAAAAGGUGAUAAAGUACUUAUACAUUCUGGUACUGGAGGUAUUGGACAAGCAGCUAUUCAUGUUGCUCUUAAAGAGGGAUGUGACGUGUUUACUACCGUUGGCACAAAUGACAAACGGGACUUCAUUAAGAAAAUGUUUCCGAUCAUUCCGGAUGAACAUAUUGGAAAUUCUCGAGAUACAAGUUUUGAACAUAUGAUUAUGCGACAAACGAAAGGUCGCGGCGUCGAUAUCGUGCUAAAUUCAUUAGCGGAAGAAAAGUUGAUCACCUCUGUUCGGUGUCUAGCUCAAAACGGACGAUUCUUAGAGCUUGGCAAAUUCGAUAUUGUUUCUAAUAAUCCCCUAAGCAUGUCUGCAUUUCAGAAAGGUAUAAGUUUUUAUGGAAUUAGAUUGGAGAAUGCUAUGAAAAGAAAAAAUGCUUGCGAAACGAAGCGUUUAUUGUUUUCAAUGGUACAACAUGGUUUAAAAAAUAAAACAGUUAAACCAAUUCAAGCAAUAUUUUUUCCAAAAACUGAUAUUGAAGGAGCUUUUAGGUAUAUGGCAAGCGGAAAACAUACAGGAAAGAUAAUUAUAAAAAUCCAUGAAAAGGAUGAACCUUUGGAUAAACACAUUCUCGCGUAUCGUCGUUAUUAUUGUAAGAGAGAUAGGAGUUACAUUAUACUAGGAGGUCUGGGCGGAUUUGGUUUAGAAUUAACCGAUUGGCUUAUAUUUCGUGGUGCCAAAAACAUCAUUCUUAUUUCAAGAAAUGGAAUAAAAAAUGGUUAUCAACGCAUGAAAAUUCAACUAUGGAAGUCAUAUGGCGUUAACGUUCUGGUCAUCAAGAAUAUCGAUGUUUCUGACCUUAAAGACUGUGAAUAUCUCUUACGGACUGCGGAAAAAGAAGCUCCGGUGGAUGCUAUAUUCAAUCUUGGUGUGGUGCUAAAGGAUGGGGUCUUCAAAGAACAAACAGUAGAAACAUUUACAGAGUCCUUCCAAUCGAAGGCUCGUGCAACGCAAAUGCUGGACAAGCUUUCUAGAAAGAUCUGCCUUAAUCUACGGCAUUUCGUAGUGUUUUCUUCCGUUUCCUGUGGCAGAGGAAACGUUGGGCAGACUAAUUAUGGCAUGGCCAACUCCAUCAUGGAGAGAAUUUGUGAGAAGAGAGCAGAGGAAGGAUUACCUGGAUUGGCGAUUCAGUGGGGAGCUGUAGGUGACGUUGGUCUUGUCGCUGACAUGCAGGAAGACGAUAAGGAAUUAAUUAUCAGUGGCACUCUACAACAAAAGAUAUCCUCCUGUCUCAAUGAGUUGGAUAAGUUUUUACUUCAAAGUCGACCUAUUGUGAGCAGCAUGGUUGUAGCUGAAAAAAAAGUAGGAUGUCACGGAAGUCCGGUAGAAGUAGUUGCAGGCAUUUUAAACAUAAGCAACAUAAAGGCUAUACAUCCAAAUACAUCUCUAGCUGAACUUGGAAUGGACUCCAUGAUGGCCAUAGACAUCAUGCAAACUCUGGAACGAGAAUUUGAUAUAUUUAUUACUGCGCAAGAAAUGCGAAAUCUCACUUUCGCAAAACUCAUUAAGAUGUCUCCUACAAGCGAUGACGAUAACAAAAAUAAUAAAAACGUAUUCCACAAAGAGAAAUCAGACUUUAUAAGGCUUUUAGUUGGCAUUACAUUAAAAGAUGAAGACUUUAUUUCCCUAAAAGAUUUUUCGACUAACAGACAGAGUACUAUGACUGAAGUAUUUCUUAUACCGGGUAUUGAUGGAUGUGGCAGUGUAUUUAAAACCAUAGUACCAUAUAUAAAAUUUUCAACAUCUAUAUUAAAUUAUAAUACAAACGACAUCGAUUCUACAAACGUGAUAUUAGAAACGACUAAUCAUCUUACAAACUAUAUACUUUCAGUGCUGACAGAUGGAAAAGAUUUUGUAAUAGUAGGGUAUUCUUUCGGAUCCCUUAUCGCAAUUGAAGUAACGAGAAGAUUAGAAGCAAUGAAUUUUAAAGGACGACUCGUUUUCAUUGAUGGAGCUCCUGAGCCUUUCCAAACAUUGUUCAAGCCGUUUGAAUCAGAUUUUGAUGAUCCAAAUUUUCAGAUUGAUAUCUUAACUAAUAUUAUGGAAUUAUAUUCAGCAGGAAGUUCUGAAGAGAUUGUAAUGGAAUUAAAAAAAUGUGAGACCUGGGAUGAAAGAUUAACUAUUGUUGCUAAACAAUUUUCAACUAUGUACACAUAUCUUUCACUUACAAAUAUAAGAACGCUGUGUACAACAAUUUACAAACAUUUAUCCGCUCUCCAAGAAUAUGAUUCUUCUAUUUUACCACCUAUUAAGACUCCCAUAAUAUUAUUAAAAUGUACAUCCCCAUUUAAUGUACCAAUGAUUGAAGAAGAUUAUGGUUUGCAUAAGGUAACUCAAAAUGUGGUAAAAGUACAUUGCAUUGAAGGUGAUCAUACGACAGUCUUGAAGAAUGAAAAAGUGACGGCUGCAAUCAACGGAGAAUUACCAUUUACAGUUUGAUGUAUUAAUUUCUAACAAGGGGAGGACCAAGGUGACUCACCCUGGGAUUUCAAUCCCAAUUUUUUUGGUGAUUCUAGAGGUGAAAAAAAAAGACCCGUGUCCCGGCGUUUGAUUAAAUAGUUUCUGAUAAUGAAUAAUAAAUUUGUGAAUAUUAUUUUAAUGAUACUGAUAUAUAUUAUUACAUAAUUCAAAUUCAAUUAUUUCGAUGCGGAACAACCACUUGGAUGAUAAACAUCAUGAAAACGUUUAAAGCAUAUAAAUUUUUUACAGUUUGCACAAUGAAUAAAUGAAGGAGUACCACAUACACAUUUAUUUUUCCAUAAGUCCGGAGGGAAACAUAUUUCGUUGACGUUUCCAAACUCGACCUUACGAAUUACGAGGCAAGCGUCUGAUUCACGGAGCCAAUCACAUUGGUUGGAAGCAUCGCUACCGGAAAGGUUCAUACAGUACUGUAUACAACACUGCGACGCGGCGCGCUUCGGAUAUGGCCAAUAUUCACAAAUUUAUUACUCACAAACUAAGGCCUAUUCAAUCAAACGCCGGGACACGGCUCUUUUUUUUUCACCUCUAGAAUCACCAAAAAAAUUGGGAUUGAAGUCCCAGGGUGAGUCACCUGGUCCUCCCCUUGUAAGCAUAUUAUAAGACAAAAUUUGACAAACAGGUAGCAAUCA